AUGGAGUGGGAUUGCGGAACAAUUCAAGAAAUUCCCGAACGUGGUCUGGGCGUUUUUGUUCCAAGAUCUCAACCUCACCCCUUUACCACGCUCACAAACCUCACAAAUCUCAUAAGCCUCGUCACGCUUACCACACAUACUACGCUUACUACGCACAACAAGAUCACUACGGUCACUAUCUUUAACACUCUCACCACCCUGUAUUCUGGCCGCAACAGCCCCGCAAACCACCCUACCACAAACAUGUCCGCCCGCACCCUCUGCACCACCCACUUCCUUGCUACCGGCGAGGGCUGCCCCGUCUGCGACCUCACCCCCGUCGAGAUCAUCGUCUUUUUCGGUCGCUGGAUGUGGUCAAACCGCCCCCCCGUUACCGGCUCGGAGUCACCGCACAAUAUCAAGCUUUGGGCCGACGAUGAUCGUUUGAAACAUAAGACGCCGUGGUGGAAGGGGUGGGGGAAGAAGGCGAAGAAGGGGGAAGUUAGGGUGCCAGAGGGGGUGGAUCCGGCAUGGCAUUGGGGUUAG